CGAGAGGUCACAGUGCAAUCGUGAAUGCUCGCUCCUGACUGUGCGCGCCUCCGACGUAGAAGGCGGUGCUCUUUCGUGACUCGGAUAACAUUUAUAACAGGCGGGAUUUCUUUAAAGUUUUUAAAAUGGCCAUCUAAAUUUUAUUGUUUCAUUUUUAUUUCUACAUUUACAAAGCACGUAUACGUAAUCUUGGCAUAGCAUAUUAAAAUAGAAAUCGAGGGUCUGCGCCCCCUCUACAGAGGCCAUUAUGAAGCUGACGGACAAUGUGCUGCGGAGCUUCAGGGUUGCAAAGGUGUUCCGGGAAAAUUCAGACAAAAUCAAUUGUUUUGAUUUCAGCUCAAAUGGUGAAACUGUCAUUUCCAGCAGUGACGAUGAUUCACUCGUGUUGUACGACUGCCAGGAGGGAAAACCCAAGCGCACCCUCUACAGUAAGAAGUAUGGAGUUGAUCUGAUCAGGUACACACAUGCAGCCAACACCGUGGUCUACAGCUCCAAUAAAAUUGAUGACACUAUCCGGUACCUCUCCCUUCACGACAACAAGUACAUUCGCUACUUCCCUGGACACAACAAAAGAGUGGUGGCUCUUUCAAUGUCGCCUGUGGACGAUACAUUUAUAUCUGGAUCAUUAGAUAAAACUAUUCGGCUUUGGGAUCUGCGAUCUCCAAACUGCCAGGGACUGAUGCACCUGCAGGGGAAGCCAGUCUGCUCCUUUGACCCCGAGGGCCUCAUCUUUGCUGCUGGAGUCAAUUCAGAGAUGGUCAAACUGUACGACCUGCGGUCUUUUGACAAGGGUCCGUUUGCUACCUUCAAGCUCCAGUACGACCGGACUUGUGAAUGGACAGGACUCAAGUUCAGCAACGAUGGGAAACUCAUCUUGAUCUCCACCAACGGGGGAGCCCUAAGGCUUCUCGACGCCUUCAAGGGCGCAGUGCUGCAUUCCUUUGGGGGCUACAACAACAGCAAAUGCGUACCACUGGAAGCCUCCUUCACACCAGAUUCUCAGUUCAUCAUGAUAGGGUCUGAGGACGGAAAGAUCCAUGUGUGGAAUGCCGAGAGUGGGAUGAAGGUGGCGCUGCUUGACGGGAAACACACGGGUCCCGUCACCUGCCUGCAGUUCAACCCCAAAUUUAUGACUUUCGCCAGUGCCUGUUCAAACAUGGCCUUCUGGCUCCCCACCAUUGAUGACUAAUGACAGCUUUGAAGAGGGUCACCCUUGGAAGUCACAAAGAAACACCACAAAGAAACACCCCACUUUGGACCAGAAGUGGGGCCACUGAAGUUAAUGAAUGUAAAUAUUUAGACUAUAGCAAUCAUCUGUCUGAUUUUUCUGUUCUUUUUAUACUUAUAUAAUAUUAAAACUUUUCAUUUUUCUAAGAA